AGAGAGCUGCAGCUUGUUUGAGGUGACGCAAGAUCCGGAGAAAACGAGUGCAGUAGUUGAGGCGCCACGUCGGCAGAACCAACAAGAUACAUCCUAUAUUUUUUUAAGGAAAGUUUGAAACCGCGAAAGUACGAUUUUACGUGCGUUAAAAUACAGGACAACACGCUCUUAAAGCAUAGCUUUGAAUAGAGGAGUUUGAACAAAAGUAUAAAGGCACAGGCUGAAAAUUGCAUUAAUAUUUUCAGGAAACAAACGAGCGCACCAAAUAUUCGUCUCAGGUGCGUAGCAGUCCCUUCUACAAGCGGACAUCAGAAAUUACUGGAAUCAUGGUGAAGAACGUGAACGCCACCCCAGAGCCCCAGCCUGAAGGUUGUCUCGUGGAAGAAGAACCUGAGCUUACUGAAAGCGAGCCCACAGCAGAUGAGGGGAAGGAUGCAGGUAAGGAGCACCCCGUGGCCCAGCCGGGCAUGAUCUGGCGGGUCGGGGGUGGCCUGUUCCAUGCCAGUAAAACUGUGGUGGGCGCCACGGUAGGAGGAGUUGCCUGGCUCGGUGGGAAGAGUCUGGAGUACACUAAAUCAGCAGUUACUUCAGUCCCCUCGAUGAGCGUCAGCCUGGUGAAAGGGGUCGCCGGGGGCGUGUCAUCGGUUGCCGGGGGCGUGUCAUCAGUGGGUUCCACGGUAGCUGGCAAAGUUCCGUUCAGAGCCAAGACAAAGGACAAGGCAGAGUGAGGAGAUGAUGACGAUGAUGGACACGCAACACGAUGCAUCGCCCCACCGACUGAGCCAUAAGAGGAAGUGAUGAGUUGAAGCUAGUCGCCAUGUUUUCAAAGUGGAUUGAUUUUGUUCUUUUUUUUUUCGUUUGUACAUCAUUCACUAAGUUGUACCUGGGGAAACAUGUUCAGUAGUGCCUUCUGUAGCCUCCCCCUUCUUUCCCUGCCCCCCCCCCCCCCCAAACACUUUCACUGACGUGUGUACAGGGGGUCUUCAUCCAAACCUACAUGGUCCCCUGAAGCCUUAAGACAAUGUAAAGCAGUUAUAUAAGGAGGGAGAGAGAUAAACAGGCAUGCUAGGUUGGGUUCUUCUCUUCCACCAUUUAAAGCCUGGUUUGUGGUUUCUAAUGUGCUGGAAUUUUUGUAUUAGCUUUUUUUGUGACCGCAAACCUAAACACAGAACAUUAGCUUGUUUCAAAAUGCUACAGUGAACUGUGUGAAGAUAGCUUUUUGGGUCUUCUGAAAAGAGUUUGAUAGCAUUUCCAAAAUAAGAGUUGGAGGUGAUAUGGUUCUGAGAGCCAAUAGCCCUGUUUAGGUUGAUGUUGUGGCAAAAUGAUAUGAUCACUUUAAUCAUGGUUAUUCAGUAGAUCCAUAUAUGAAAUGGAGACGUCAUACAUUUUACAGAAAAUAAAAUCUAUUUAUUGAUGGACUAGUUUCUCUACUGUCUGUCUUUGGUCCUUUUAUAACGUUUCUAUGGAAACUCAACAUUUCAAUGCAACAGUUUGGGUUUGUUUCUGUAUUCUGCCAUGACUUAGCUGUUGCUGGUAGAGAAUGCUGAUAUGACUGUCUGGCAUGCUUGUACUUUCCAACAUAAUAAUAAAGUCUCGUGGGAAGUUUGACAUUGUGCCUCUGUCUCAUUCACAAUUUGGGAUGUACCUUGUUGUCUCAAGUCAAUGCUACCGGGGUGUACUCACUAGGAAGAAACGCAUUGCAAUGGUGAGGGACCUACCUGAAUUUGUCCAAUAAACUUGUUUUUGAUAAACGUUUUCCCUUUGGAGUAAAUGUUUUCUGUUGCGGAAGGUUUUGCAACUGUUAGUCUAAAUAAGGCCUGGGGUGUACCCAGGCAUUAAGUGGCGAAGCCAAAUUAAGUUGGAGACUGUACUAGCUUCGCGAAGUCCAUUGGGACUGCAUUUCUUCAGUGGCAACAUGCUCUGUGUAAUGUCUGUCUGCCAUGUUGAAGGGCUCAGGAGUGUUGCUAAUUCUCAAGGGUCUUGAGUGUUUGGGUCAAUUAUGGGGUCCUAUUAUUAGCCUUUUUACCAAACGGUUAUUGCAUUACUUAUCACUAUGGACAACACAACAGGUGGACUAUUCUACUGCUGAACCUAAGUGUUAGAUUCAAUCCGAUCACAUCUGCAUGUAUCAAUCGGAAAUUACCGUUUGAAUGUCAAUCGUGCUGUAACACAGAUCUGCAGUCCGUAUUGAAUCUAGGCCUUACUGGCAACCAACCAGACAAGAUAUUGAAUCCUCUCUUGACGUUGUUUGUCUGCUCUGCAAUGGUGUACUUUGAAACUUUUCCAUGUACCAAAAAGAUAAAGUACUUGUGUUAACUUUUGUCAAGUGUAUUUAAAUAAACUGCUGAUAAACA